CAACUCCUGAUCUAACAUCUAAAAUUGACGGUGUUGAUCAGCAGCGAGUCAUCUUCUCACUAUUCAGUAACCGCUGCCGAUCAUCUCUUCCCCGAUGGUAGCUCAGCCGGAAACACCGAUUUCCCACACCGAAGAUCUCGAAGAAUUGGACGAUUACUUCGAUGAUUACGAAGACGAUGAUGACUUGGAAGAGGAAGGACGAGAAGACUCUGAAUCCUCGAUUCAGAUGCCAACAGAUGGCGCUAAGAUUGAGUCUCUGGUUAGGCGGCUAGCGGCGGAGGAGAGGGUGGUAGUUCGGGUGAAUGACGUUAUCAUAAAGGGCAACACCAGGACCUAUUACUUCCUGAUCGCGGCGGAGGUGGAGCCGAUCUUCAGGGAGGCCACUACCUUCCUAGAGCUGCUGCGCGCCGCUACAGCCGUCAACGCAAGGCUGCGGCGUCUCGGUUUGUUUGAUUCGGUUACCGUAACUCUCGAUGCCGGCCCGCCGGGACUCCCGACCGCCGUUAACGUUGUCGUUGAGGUCUCUGAGGCGAGGAACCAGCUCACCGGAGAUUUGGGGGUUUAUUUUGAACCUGAGGCUCGAUACAAUUCUGUACAAGGGUCAUUGAAACUGAAAAACUUGUUUGGUCUUGGAGACCUAUGGGAUGGUUCGGUGGCUUAUGGCUUGGAUCAAGUGUCAGAGGUUAGUAUAGGGUUUUCUCUUCCCAAAUGUACUGGGUUGGCUGCACCCUUAUCGGCUAGAAUAUCCCUGCUUUCCCUAGAUGGGCUUAAGUUCUCUUCGCGUAGACAACAAGUACUAGGUCUCUCACUUUGCCUAUUAUCAAUUGGCAAUCAUGACGUGUCUUACAAUCUCUCUUGGCGAAGUUUAGAUGAUCCAUCGGAGGACUCACAAAUGUCUUAUGAGACCUUGAGCAGGAAGCUUGGACAUAGUUUAUUCUCGGCUUUGAAGUAUGCUUUUAAAAUUGAUCAAAGGGAUUCAGCUACGAGGCCAACUCGAGGGCAUGCUUUUGUUUCCACUUCUCAAAUUGGUGGUCUUUUCCCUGAUAUACGGAGCUUAAGUCUCAUUCGCCAGGAAUUUGACCUUCGUUAUGCUAUCCCUUUGGGAAUCUAUGGGGCUGCAUUCAAUUUCGGAGUUUCAGGUGGUAUGAUAUUCCCAUGGGGAAAUGCAUCCUUGAAUGCAUCCUCAUAUUUGCCUGAGAGGUUCUACCUGGGUUAUAAUUCUUCUCCAGUUUUGUCCUUGAGAGGCCCAACAGCUGUUUUAGGUUUCAAGGGUACAGGGCUAGGCCCUGCUGAGCAUAGAAGAGUUGUCAGCAAUUAUUCUAGCGAUGGAGAAUCUAAAAUUUCUGAAAAAGAUCAUAUAAGUGGAGACCUUGCUGUGACUGCUUUUGCUGACUUUUCUUUCAAUCUACCUUUUAGAGUUCUCCAGGAAGUUGGUAUCCAUGGGCACAUAUUUGCUUGCACUGGUAGCCUGAAUAGGUUUUCUGAGAAUGCAUACAAAGGGUUUUCUUUCCAGAAAUUCCGAGACUCUUUUCGUAGCUGGGCGGGAUUUGGAAUCAUCAUACCGACCAAGCUAUUUCGUAUGGAGGUCAACUACUGCCACAUUUUGAAACAACAUGAACAUGAUCGUUCAAAGAUGGGUUUACAGAUUAGCUUCUCACGUCUGCAAUAACUUCUGUGGUAAUGCUUGUUCUCCUCUUAAUACCUGGAAGCAUUUUAUGGACCUCUGAAGAUGUUUAUGUGAGAUCUGAAUAGUUGCUGUCUCACAAACACACACAAAAAGGUAUCGAUAACUCUAAGUAGCAUGGUAUGGCUUUCCUGUUACUUUGCUAACUUGAUGUUGAUGAUGAUGACAAAAUUUUCAUAGACUGACAUCAUUCUAUUUAGAGAAUCAGCUGUAUUUCUCAUGGCAGACAUGUUAAAAUAAGUUUGUUGCCUUGUUAAUACAUCCUUUAAGUUUUUUCCUCCGAAA